AUGGAACUCAAUGGCUCCUUUGAAUCUACUCUGGUCUGGGUAAUGCUGCCCAACUUGCCGCUUGAAUUCUGGGUGGAGGAUGUUUUUUUAGGUAUUGCUAAUUCCUUUGGGGAGCUUGUUGCGAUAGAUCCUAUGAUAGCAGCUCGAAAGAGACUGGUAUAUGCAAGAAUCUGUGUCAAUAUCUCUCAGAAUAUGGAUCUUCCCAGCUCUAUUGACAUAAGUUCCAAACUUGGGUUAUGGGAACAAACUAUAGAGUUUAAGUCCCUCCCCUUUGUGUGCUUCUCCUAUAAGAAAGUUGGGCAUUGGGCUAAGGCUUGCCCUAGUAACCCCAAAAAACCUCUAAAGGCUAACAAUCCUCAUAAACAGGUAUGGAGAGAGAAGACUAACAUUAAGGAGGAUAGUAGAUUGGAAGGAGGAAGUGGAAUUCCUAGUAACCUAAAAGAUGUAACAGAAGAUGAUAGGAAAGCUAGUCCUCUCAAGGUUACCCUUCAAAAGGAAGAUAAGAAGAAUGAAAAUGGCGGAUUUGAGAUCAAAACAGUCAAUGGUUUUGAAGCUUUACAAACUUGGGAGGAAGAGAAUGUAAACAUAGAAGAAAUUCUUGAAGAAGGUGAGAUUGAUGAUAUGAAUGAAUCCCAACAUGAGGGCCUUCAAGUUUCAGUAAUGAAAAGUAAUAAAGCUGUUCCAAAUGGCUCUGAAGGACCUGAAGUUAUUUUUGAAAGGAAGAAUAAGUUCAAAUCACCUCAGGUUAACCUAAACUCUUUAUUUCAGAAUGUUGGAGCUGAAAAGCCCACUUCAUCCCAGAAAGGAGGAGAACCGUGGAAUAAUAAGCAAGGUCGUAAACCCAUGAAGUGGCACAGGGACCAGGAGAGUAAACAAAACAUAGCUGAUGGAAGGCAACAAACUAUUUAG